GGCUGUGUAGGGCUGCUCUUCACGCUGGGGUAGGUUCUGCAGACCCCGGCCGCUGGAGCCACUCAUCAUUUCCGACUGAUGGGCCGGAGGGGCCACCGGCCGCACCAGCCAGGGCCUCGGUACCCUGCAAGGAGAGAAAGAGGUGGGAGCAGCCCGCGCGGGGCCCUGCGUCUUGCAUAGGCGCUUAUGGUAAAGUCACUCCCUUAUAGAUAAAGGAGUUGGCGCUGGAUCGCUGCGUCCUCAGAGAUGUUGAAACGGAGGUGCGUUGUUUAGUGCGAUGGCGGCAGAUAACGGCCACAGGACAGCUGCUCUGGGGACCUUGGAAACUACAAAUGCUCAAACCCCCUCCCCAAAAGCCACAGCUCAGCGUGCAGGAACUGGGGUGAGCAUCUCUCCCGACAGCUCCCUGGUGACACCGAGCUUCACACCCACCCAACCCAUGGGAGCAAUCCGACUUCAUGGUAGAUGGUGACCCAGGGACCACUGCCUCUUUGCUUUGCUCAGGAACUGGGUGGAACGUGCCCAGGGAAGGUAGCCCCAAAACUGCAGGGGAGUCAUGACUGACUCAAGCCUCACGGAAACCCCUUUCCUUGGGCCACAGUUGGUUCCUGGGUGGCGUGGGGCCGGCUCUGGCCAGUGCGGAGUCGGCCCCUGCUGAGGUUUCUGGGAAUUACGUGCCUCCUAGGUGGAGAGGAGGACAACUGAGGACACAGCAUCUCACUUGCCUCUCCUCACCCACCAGGUGCUGGGCCAGGUGUCACCGGAGCCAAGCAGCACACAACUGCCCCUGCCCACUUCCACCUCAGCCCUGACCCUCCGUGCACCUGGGAGUCCACUGCCUCCUGAUGUGUCUGAUCAGGGCGGCCACAAGAGCACACAUUCCGGGACGUGAUGUGUGUGGCCUGUAUUGGGGAAGAGCCGUCAUUGCUCACUGCCGUGUCCCCAGUGCUUAGCACCAUUUGUCCCAUGGAAGGUGCAGGUUAACAACCCACUAGUGCCCAGUGGCCCGGGGACACCUGACCUGUCUGGGGCCUGUUGGCUGACAGGUGGGAGGGACUGCCAUCCAUUGUUGGGGCCAAGGAUGCUGCUCAACCUCCCACAACGCACAGAGCGGCCCGGCGCACAGAUUCACCUGGCCGCAAACACAGCUGCCGAGGUGAUACCCUGCCCCGAGGGAAGUGGACAAGGCUUGAGCAUCGAGAACACUGCAAGGGUCUCAGCCAGUGAGGGCUGCCUGGGCCCCACCGCAGACCUGACUCCUAGAGCCAAGCCGUUUUCUCCCUUGAGGCAGUGGGUAGGGCUCUCAUGUGACAACUGUGAGUUUGCAGCUCGGCUGUGCACACAGGUGGACCCUCCGUAGUUUGUCAGUUCCUACUGCUUGGCCCUGGGGCCAAAAGCUGCUUCCCAGGCCUCACUCUGAGAAGCAUCUUCAUUCACGCCCUGGGUGGGUCCAUUGCCUCUUCCCGCCGACUCUGCUCUUGGGAGGAGCAUGUUCAUCAGCAUGGCCAGGCAGGGAGAGCUCAGGACAGCCAGACCUGGGGCCAGUGGCACAGGUAUGUGUGGGAAGGGCGCCAGGUGCCUGUCCUCCCUGCGGGCAGAGCUGUCUGUCCUCUGUGGACCUGCAGUUUCUGUAAACAUCUGGAAGGAGCCAGGAAGCAGCAACUCUGGAUGCCCAGAGGAGCCCCAGCCAAGGCAAAUGCAGCCGGGACAUCAGGCCGUGGGGCUGGGCAAGGGGAGCCAAGCCGCAGGCUGCAAAGGCAGGGGUGCACGGCAGAUGGGGAUGCCGACGCCAGAUGCUGACCGAGCUCCACCCACAUCUGUGAGGGGUGUGGGGGCUGCGCCAUCAGAGGCCUUAGCUGGCUCCGGGCUUGAAUUGUGGGUCCCAAGAGCCAGUGUUAUUCCCACGCAGCCGUGGUGUGCCGUGUGGCCUCAGGCUGAGCCUCCCUGUGUUUCUGUAAAACAGCACUCUCGUGUUUUUAUAUGAGAACCGAAUUCAAGGUCCUAGAAGUCCUCAUAUGGGAAAGGAAAAGUCGUGGUUUGAUAAGCAAUACACUCUCUGGCUGAGCCCAAGUCAAGAUUUUCAAUCCAAGUUCAUCAGCGCCCAGCUUCAGCCGGGACUGCUCUGGCCGCACCUGCUCUGUGAGCUGGCGCUUCUGAUUCAACACCACACUUGGUGCCAGGGUCCCAGAACAGCUGACACUGAGUCACCGACAGCGGCUCUUCCUAGAGGCGCAUGUUCAGGAGAGGUGAGGCUGUGGGGCUGGGGCCCUGCGCUAAUACUCCCUGGCUUUGUGACCCUGGGCAAAUUACUCAGUCUCUCUGAGCUGCUGCUUCCUCUCCUGUGGAGUGGGCUGAUCCCAGCCACACCAGCACCCAUGGUUGUUCCGUGGUUAACGUCUGCCAAACACGGUGCCAUGGAGAACACCCAGCAGGGCCCGGCUCCUUGUUUGGCGCUGCAGGGGCACCUCCCCUGGCCCUCGAGUGCCUUUCCACCUUGCUCCCAGGACCUCUGCGGCUCAGAGGCAGUGCAGGUGGGCUUCGGCAACAGGGAGGGCCCAGGCCAGCACACAAGGAAGCAGAGAAGGCGCCAGGGAUCGCCCCCUCAAGGAAGGAGAGAGACAGAGGCAAAGAUAAAAAGGACACGCAUCGCUGCCUUCUGUCCCUUGGAGAUUUUCAAGUCAAAAUGGGGAGGGGGCGGGGGUAGGUUUGGAAACUAUCCAAAUGGCAUUGUUUCACAUUGCUGGCUGGGGGCAACCCUCUGCAGUGGCCCUAAAUACCCACUAGAGGUCACACCGCAAAAAGGGACCUCCCCUAAGGAGAGGGGACAAAGGGAGGACCCCGGGCACCCCACCCCCUGCAAGGGGAGGAAGGCUGAAGCCCCGCCAUCCAUCGGGUGGGCAAAGUGCCAUGCCUCCAAGAGCAGCACAGCCAAGCAGUCCCCAGAGGGAGGAGUGAGCUCCAUCUGGGCCCAGGUGAUCCAGCCACAAUCCCUUCUCAGCCUCCGCCUCACCUGCUGGUGUUAGGCACAGCCAGCCUGGGCAGCCACCAGUCCUCGCUGCCCAUCUGCUGUCCCCUCAACCGCAGAGGCAGACAGAAAAGCCCAAGGUCUGAGCCCCCAGGGGGAUGCUGGUAUCAGAUCCCUGGAGAACAAAGCCUCUGCCCUGUGUCUAGGUGAGGCUGCGGUACCCAGGCCCAGAAGAGGUCCCCCCGGCUGGGCUGUCCACGCUCUCAAAGCAAGGGGAGAACUGCAGCAGGCAGCAGCCUUCUACUCGUUCCCCAUGACCUGAUUUUUUUUUUUCAUUUUAAAAUAAGAGAAACGUAUGAAAGAUGCCGCAUUUAGUCCUUUAUCAGAUCCACACUUCCCCAUGACCUGGGAAAUCGGGGUGCGUCUCCAGUCUGCAGGGUACAGGGUCUCGUCCAGACAGGAGGCUGCAUGGUGCUGCUUGUAGCGAGUGACUCGUUUGUAGUUGGCAUGCCCCGUGCAGCUGAGGAUGACCCCAUUGGCUUGGCCCCGGGACAGGACCCAGUCCCCAGGAAAUAGCAGCAAACCUGAAAGUAGAGAAGGAAGCGCCCACCGCCAGGGACCCACGAUCGCCUGCUCUCCUUGGAGGGCGCUCAGGGCCCAGGAAGCAGCCGCAGCUGGCAGGCCGUGCAGCAACCCCGAGACCAGCGCAGAUGGCAGUGGGUGGGGCUGCAGGUCACUGCCCCGGGCACUGUGUCCUGCCUGAGGGGCUUGUUUCUGAACCACACAGAAAACGGGGGGGCUCGUAAUCAACAAUCCCUUACUGGGAUCAACAGGUGAAUAGACGCUAGUUCUGCCGUGUGAGCCUUCAUCUUUUUAAAGCAAAAGAGAGUUGAAGUUCCACCCUCCGACACCUCUAGAUGUGACCAGACUAUUCCUACGCGUAUCUCCAGCUUUAACCACACGUGAACUGGUAAAAAUUAAGUAUUUGCAUUUUUACGUGUUACACCAAUACCAUCUCUCACUUGUUUUGCAACAGAACAAGGCUGUGUGCCCGUCUGCCAGGGGACAGCAUGGGUGGCUCCCCCAUAGGCCACCCGCCUUCUUCCGGCCUGUGACAGUUGUCACAGUGUAGCAAUGAACAUCCCUGCGUGGCCCAUGCCCUGGCUGCCAAUCCCGGGGCCCGUGUCCUUAGUGCCAUGAGCUAGUACUAGCUGUCCCCAAAACAGCUGCCCCACCUGCGUUGCUGUUCCCGGCAUCACUGCCAACACUUGGAAAAUCCCACUUGCCAAUUUCUGCCAGUCGAUGGUGUACUUUGAGUGCAUUUCCAUGGAAAACAUCCUUUUCCUACAAUUCCAAGCUAACAGCAUUAAUUAGCAGCAGUGAGUUAGCACGGGGAGGCUGGGAUGAGAACAGGAGGUACUUUCGCUGUCUAUGCUAAAUACUUGAACUGUUUACAAGAACGUAUUACUUUAGUAAACAGAAAAGAAAGUAAACAGAUCCUCAGUUCGUCUGCCUGGCUCCGAGCACAUUCCCUCCCGUAUCUAUCCUGGUUGCAGAUAAUGCAACUCACUUCGGCUUAAAUCUGAGAAAACCCACUGGGGCUCAAACCCCUCAGGGUCCCUGGCUAGGGACUGGAGAUACCUCUGAUGCCAGGUCAAAGGGAAGGACAUAGGGACAACCACUAUCUGGGCUCCAAGGCAUCCCUUCAAUGCUCCCUUCUGUCAGUGCAGGAAAUUUGACGCUUUGUCAAGAAGCUGGGAAGUCUGGGUUCCCAGGCCGACAGCCCGCAUGGCUUAAGGCUCUUGCCUCCAUCUGACUCAUGUUCCCAAAGAACCAAAUCACAAAACACACAACAAGCCUUCAAAAACAGAUUUACUUAAAACUGCGAGGAAAAACACAAGUGCAUGGGUGCAGGUGGCGGCUGCCAGGCUUGCUCCGGUCCUACCCAGUGGGUGCCUACCCGGGCAGGGCACAGCUCCUGCUGCAAGGUCACCUUACCGGGGGCGCGGAGGGGCUCAUGAUCAGAUGGCACAGUGCUUUCCUAACGCAGGCAGGCUACAUAGCCUCCAGGAACAACCAAAUGCAGAAUCAGGCCAAAACCCACACGGCUCCGACCCCCUCGUGCUCUGGCUCGUCUCCCGGCCACAGCCCCGGAGGGCUGGCAUGCAGGCCACUGAGCUGUGGGUGACACGGGUCAUUCCACGGUUUGCACAGUCUCAUUCCCAUUCAAAGUGCAGGCCAAGCCUGUAAUCCCAGCACUUUGGAAGGCAGAGGCGGGUGGAUUACUUAAGCCCAAGAGUUCAAGACCAGCCUGAGCAACAUGGCAAAUCCCCAUCUCUACAAAAACAAGUUAGCCAGGCGUGGUGGUGGUGGGUACCUGUGGUCCUAGCUAUUUGGGAGGCUAAUGUGGGCAGAUGGCUUGAGCCUAGGAGGUCGAGGCCUCAGUGAGCGAUGAUCAUGCCUCUGCACUCUAGCCCAGGUGACAGAGCGAGACCCUGUCUCAAAAAAACAAAAAAGUACCAGCUGAAUGGAAAUUAUCUGCUGCUUUCUUCUCUAAAUAAUUCUGAGGAUGCGUAGUCAAAUGAUGUUCCUGGUCUCUCCCCAGAGUAAAGACAGGCUGGGCCAUGUAAACACUGGACUUGAUCAUGAUUCAAGGAGUUUUAUUCUCAGGGCAGGUGAUGGUUCUAUGAGCACAUUCCCAUAAGUGUUCUUAAAAGUUACACCAUGAAGGUACCAACCAGAAUAGAAACAUCCUAGAAGAGCCUAGCUGCUUUCUGCAGAGCCUUGGACGGUGGACCACAGCUCAGUGUCUCCUGUUCACACCUGAGACCCCACAGCCAUGAGGACAACACAAGCUUGGAAGAUGAACGUGGGCAGGCGUUCUGAAGUAACCAAGGGGCUGAGGAGGUUCUGCUGCUGUCUGUGACUCCCACGAGCACUGAAAAUGGCCUAACCAUGUGCAGGCGAGAAAGCCUGGGGGUGAACAAGCCCUGAGGAGUCAGGGAAGCCAGACCCAGUGGCUGGAGGGCCCUCGCAGGCGGCUGUAGCACAACUGCAGGUGCCCAGAGAAAAACCUCCAGCUCCAACCCAGUUCUGCACAAAGCUGAAAUGGAGCGGCCAGCAGGGCAUGUGGCUAGAGGAAGGCCACAGCCGCCACCCCCCCCCUUCGUGUGCCAGGUAGGCUUGCUAGGGAUGCAGGUGCCCAGUGUCAGGGCAGGGACACCACAGAGCCGCAGCCAGACCAAAGGGGCCCAGGGCAUGGUCAGGAACAAGGAAUAAGGGAGCCUGAGGUUCUCCCGCCACCAGGCCUGCAAAGCCACUCACACACAGCAGUGGACGCUGAACUCAGGGCCCAGGUGCUCUGAGGGACCCCAAUACCACCCACCUUGAAUCUCAGCCUACAGAAGUCAUUUGCAACUUCCUCGCGCAAACAAACAUUCAGUACCGGUCCAGAAAAGCCUCCAAUGACCUGUUCGAAAUCUUCAAUCACAUCAUUUCUGAACAAGUGACAAAAAGCACGUCCAGGCGUGCAGAGCUGCACCGCAGGCAGCCCCACUCCAAAGAGCAGACUUGAUCCUACCCCAGAGGAGUGGCACAGCGAGGGAAAGGCAUCCGUGGUGCAAAAGGUGGAGAGCCCCAACCUCCCAGCUCCACCUGC